GGAAUCUGGCGUAUCCCCGUGGAUGAGAUCGACCGCCCAGGCAGUUUUGUCCGCUCUAUUGUCUUACUGCUAAACGUACUGUCACAACUAAAGGAUUACACCACCUUGCUGAAGGUCUCAUCUAUGCUCCAGAGGACCCCUGAUCAGGGAAAGAAGUACUUGCGUGAUGCCGAUCGCCAAGUGCUGGCCCAACAAGCCUUCGUGCUUACAGUGAAAGUGUUGGAGGACACUCUCAACGAUCUGACACAGGUUUCAGAAGAUCAGAGUUCCAAGUCUUCCAAUCCUUCGGGAAGGAUGACAACAGACGUCUCUAAUAAAACUAGUGCUGAAGAGGGGAAAGAUGUCCUUCCCAAAAAGCCAGUUUUAUCAGAUGGAGUAGUGCACAGUACUGAAAAUGGGGUAAAGGAAGUGACCCAGGGACAAAUUCCCAAUGCUAUGGACAUAUUGGAACAAGAGGACAAGAAUGACAAGGAAAUUAAAGAACUCCCUAGGCCUGGUUCAGUUGAGCCUAUGGAUCUUGAUGGAUAUUCCAAUGACCCUGAAAAAAUUGAUUCUUCAUCUAAACGCAGCGAUCCAGACCGUCUUCAGUCUGGCAGGAACUCAAAGGACAGAGCUCCAGAGAGCCGGACUCCAGAACUUUCUUUGGAAGAGCUAAGUAUCAGCUCAAAACAUCAGCAGCAGGCAGCUAAAGGAAUAGUUCAAGCAGUACCUGCAGAAGAACCUGUCCAGAGAUCAAACAGAAAGAGGAAAUUACUUGAGGAUGUGGAGUCUGGGAAAACACUUCUACUCGAUGCUUAUCGGGUAUGGCAGCAAGGUCAGAAAGUUAUGGCCUAUGACCUGGGUAAAAUUGAGAAGAUCAUGUCUGAAACGUACAUGCUGAUUAAACAGGUGGAUGAAGAAGUAGCACUUGAACAGGCAGUCAAGUUUUGCCAGGUGCAUAUGGGAGCAUCAGCACAGAAACAGUCCACAGGAGAAACACCCACAACCCCAAAGCAUACAAAGGACAACAGAGAGAGCUUCUUCCCAGUGACGCCAGCCACACUGCAUCCUACCACAGUGAAUCCUGAUACUGUGGCUCCUGAAAAUCUCUUGAGACUGAACGAUCUGCAUUCCAAAUCCAAACCAGCCUCUUCCUCCUCAUCCUCCUCAGCAUCUUCGGUACCUCCAUCCCAGGAGUUACACAGGGACACUGAGCAUCUCCGGGGUCAAAAUGCAGAGACUGCUCCCAGCGUGAGUGAUCUGGCACGUGGUAAGUCUCAGGGAGACAGAAUGUUUUGGCCCUCUCUGGUCUGUUUGCCAAGGCCAUGCG